GGUGGCAGCUCCGGCGGUCCGAUGGUGGACGGCGCGGACCUCGAGACCCUGGCGGGGACGAUCGGCAACCACAACGGGGUGCGCUGCCCCUGGGCUUGCAACUGCGGCGGACAGGAGCUCGACUGCGCCGAGAAGGGCCUCACCCAAGUCCCCGGGAACUUGGCUGCCCUCACCCUCGCCGAGAAACUAGAUCUACAAGGCAACAACAUCUCCGUCAUAUUCAAGACUGACUUUGAGGACAUGGCUACCCUUCGGCUCCUACAACUGUCGAACAAUCAGAUACACACGAUAGAGCGAGGGGCCUUUCAGGACUUGGUGAGCGUCGAGAAGCUGAGGCUCAACAACAACCACAUCCGCUUCCUCCCGGACCUCCUCUUCAGCAACAUGAUGAACUUGAAGCGAUUGGAUCUCAGCCACAAUCAGAUCUCGAUGAUCGGCCAAAAGACGCUCAGGGGGAUCGCGUCGCUCAAGCACUUGCUGCUAGACGACAACGAGAUAAGCUGCCUCGACGAGGCCGCGAUCCGCGAGCUGAAGGAACUGGAAAUUCUGACGCUCAACAACAACAAACUAACGACGCUGGGUAAGGACACGUUCGGCGGACUCGGUCACCUGCGCACCCUCAAGCUGUCGGACAACUCGUUCACGUGCGACUGCCACCUGAUCGGGCUGUCGCAUGUGCUCAAAAAUUUUCCGCGGCAGAACACCCGCUGCUCGGCGCCGGCGCACUUCAAGGGACAAAACCUCGUCGAUUUGCAGGAGCACGACUUGAAGUGCUCGGGUCUGGUUGAGAAGCCGAGCUCGGAGUGCAGCAGCGAGCCCCAGUGCCCGCAUCCGUGUCGUUGCGCCGACGGUAUCGUCGACUGCCGCGAGAACUCCUUGACGAAGGUGCCGACUUACCUGCCCGAGGACACCGUCGAGCUGCGACUGGAGCAGAACGGCAUCACCGAGAUUCCCGCCAAGGCUUUCUCGCCCUACAGGAAGCUGCGCAGGAUCGAUUUGAGCAACAACAAGAUCCGGAAAGUGGCAGCGGACGCCUUCCACGGGCUCAAGUUCCUCGAGUCACUCGUGCUCUAUGGCAAUAAAAUUGCCGACCUGCCGAGCAAAAUUUUCCAAGGCCUCACGAAUCUGCAACUUUUACUAUUGAACGCAAACGAAAUAUCGUGCAUACGUACGGAGCUGUUUCGCGAUCUCUCCGGCCUGACGCUCUUAUCUCUCUACGACAACAACAUCAAGUCCCUGAGCAACGGGACCUUUGCCAAUCUCCGGAACAUCAAAACUCUGCACUUGGCGAGGAACCCCUUCAUUUGCGACUGCAACCUGCGCUGGUUGGGCGAGUACCUGCACAAGAAUCCGAUCGAGACGUCGGGCGCGCGCUGCGAGUCACCCAAGAGGGCCAUCAAGCGCAGGAUCGACAACAUGCGCGACGACAAAUUCAAAUGUAAGGGUGACGAGGAAGUCCUGACAAAGCGGGCGGGUGAGUGCAUACUACCCGGACCCUGCCCGGCUCACUGCACCUGCAACGGCGCGACUAUCGAUUGCUCCAACGAGAAGCUCACCUCCGUCCCGAAGGACCUGCCCAUUUACACCACCACACUAUUACUCAAAGACAACGCUAUCGAAAAGAUCAAGGCGGAGGGGAUUUUCGAGAAGCUCCCGGAACUCCAGCACCUGGACCUCACGGGCAACAAGAUCUCGCGCAUCGAGGCUAACGCGUUCAAGGGGGCCCACAAAUUGGUGGAUCUACAUCUGUCGGAUAACAAGCUCCGAGAAGUCCACACGAAAAUGUUCACCAGCCUCGCGAGCCUCAAAAACCUGUAUCUCCAUGGCAACGCGAUCACUUGCAUGAUGAACGGAUCCUUCGACCACAUGCCCCACUUGCACACCAUAAAUGUCCAGGGGAACCCGCUGUCGUGCAACUGCCAUCUGUCCUGGUUCUCCGAGUGGCUGAAGAGGCACGAGGCGGUCAAAGUGACCGGACACUGCCACGACCCGCCACGGCUCAAGGCUGCGGCCAUCAACGACAUCCCGAGGCACGAAUUCAAGUGCACCAGCGACAGCGUGGGCUGCCUAGGCGACGAUUACUGUCCGCCCCAGUGCAGUUGCGCGGGCUCGGUGGUGCGCUGCUCGCGCUCCCGUCUCACGGAGAUUCCUCGCGGCAUACCGCCCGAGACUACGGAGCUCUACCUCGACGUCAACGACAUCAGGAGCAUCCAGCCCGAGAGGCUCGCCCACCUCACCAUCCUCACCAGGCUGGACUUGAGCAACAAUCAGAUCGGAAUGCUAUCGAACAACACGUUCAGGAACCUUACGAAACUGGCACAUUUAAUCAUUAGCUACAAUAAGCUGCAGUGCGUGCAACGAGGAGCCCUGGCCGGACUAAAGUCGCUGCGCGUCAUAUCGCUACACGGCAACGACAUAUCGGUCAUACCGGAGGGCGCCUUUGAGGACCUGAAAUCCGUCACCCACUUGGCGCUGGGCUCGAAUCCGCUCUACUGCGACUGCAACAUGCGCUGGCUGGCAGAGUGGGUGAAGCGGGAUUACGUGGAGCCGGGAAUAGCUCGUUGCGCCGAGCCGGCCUCGAUGAAGGAUAAGCUGCUCCUGACCACCCCGGCCAACGCCUUCACGUGCAAAACCAAACAACAGCCAGCCGAGGUACUGGCGAAAUGCAACGUGUGCUAUACUACGCCCUGCCAGAACGGAGGAGCAUGCGAGGCGCUACCAGACAAACACUUUCGUUGCAAAUGCGCGCCAGGAUAUCACGGGGACAGGUGCCAACAUAAAAUUGACGCGUGCUAUGGAAAUCCUUGCCGGAACGCCGGAUCUUGUAAAGUACUGGAGGAAGGAAGAUUCAGUUGCAACUGCGCACCCGGAUACGAGGGGCUCCGAUGCGAGAGCAACGUCGACGACUGCGCGAGUCACAAGUGCGUCAACAACGCGAGCUGCGUCGAUCUCGUCCAGGCCUACCGAUGCGACUGCCUACCAGGAUUUACCGGCGAGUACUGCGAGACAAAAAUACCCUUUUGCACAAAGGAACACAAUCCUUGCAAAAACGGAGGCAGAUGCGUCGACCACCAGAGCCACUACAGCUGCGAGUGCGCGAGCGGCUUCGCUGGUGCCAAUUGCACUGACAACCUCGAUGACUGCGAUAAUCAUCUCUGCCAGAAUGGUGCUACCUGCAUCGAUGGCAUAAACAAUUACGCUUGCAAGUGCGCACCAGAUUAUACAGGGAGGUACUGCGAAGUUGCACCAUCAACUGCCUUACUAUACCCUCAAACUAGUCCGUGUGCUCAUCAUGACUGCCAACAUGGUGCUUGUUUCCUACCAUCGCCGGGAUCUGGAGCCGAUUACCUGUGCCAGUGCCAUCCUGGCUACACUGGCAAGCGGUGUGAGUACAUGACGAGUCUGAGCUUUAUCGAUAACAACUCGCUGGUCGAGUUGGAGCCACUUCGCACGAGGCCCGAGGCAAACGUGACGAUUAUUUUUACAACGAGCCAGGAGAACGGAGUACUGCUUUAUGAUGGCCAGAGCGGCGAGCACUUGGCCGUGGAGUUGUUCAACGGACGCGUCCGCGUCUCGUACGACGUGGGUAAUUACCCGACCUCGACGAUGUACAGCUACGAGCAGGUGUCGGACGGCAAGCCCCACAUGGCCGAGCUCAUGGCCAUCAAGAAGAACUUUACCAUGAGGAUCGACCGGGGCGCGGCGCGCAGCAUCAUCAACGACGGGCCCAAGGACUACCUCAAGCUAACCAAGCCCAUGUACGUCGGGGGCGUUGCCACGGAUACUGCCACCGUCGCCUUCACCGAAUUCCAUUUGCGCAACAUUACGAGCUUUCGGGGGUGCAUUUCGGAGAUGUGGAUCAAUCAUAAGCUGGUGGACUUUAGCAACGCGGCAAAGAUGAGCGGGGUCCAGCCGGGCUGCGGGGCCAACGACGGCAACGAAGACGACGAGGAGGAAGCUGACGAGGCGAACAAGAACGGGGGAACAGACGGGGCCACGGCCGACGCCAACGCGGAUGACAACAUGCAAGUCGACAACGCCGACCAACACCAGCAGCAACAGCACCUCGUCGUCCAACAGCCCCAGCAUGUCCUGCACGAGCAUUCGGAUUUCGCGGUGUUGUCCAGCUCGAGCAACAUCGACCCUUGCAUGAGACACGAGUGCAAAAAAGGCUCGGCUUGCGAGCCCGCGCCCUUCGGCACCGGCUACACGUGCAAAUGCCAAAUCGGCUGGCAGGGACGGUACUGCGACAAAGCGCCGACCUGCCGGAAGGAGCACAUUCGCGAGUACUACACAGCGAACGGAUGCCGAAGCCGCCGACCCGUCAAGCUCGCCAAAUGCUGGGGCAGCUGCGGCAACUUUUGCUGCUUACCGCGCAAGACCAAGAGGCGCAAGAUUCGGCUGAUCUGCAACGACGGCACCCGGUACACCAAGGACGUGGACCUCGUGCGCAAGUGCACGUGCACGCGCAAGUGCUACUAACUCCCCCCCCCAUCUCCCCCGUCUCCCUUUCUUUAUAUUAUUUCCCCUGUAUAACGUGUACGUCUAAAGCGCCACUCGACGAGGGGAAAAGGAGAGACAGCAGCCGGAUCUCUUGGUGCACUCCGAAGCAGCGUUGUAUAGCAGGAGAGGAAGUCGAAGCAGAGGAGCCAGACUAGCGUGAAAGGCGAGCUUGCGAGAUACAGUGGUCGUAGCCGCGGAGGGAAGAGCACACCUGCGUCCCGUGCUAUAUACAUACGUAUACAUGAGAGCGGGAGCGAGGGUGAGGGAUAAAGUUUCGUCGCUCGGUGCAUCGGCAGCCGGAUGGGGCGUGCAGAUGCUCGCGGCUCGAUACGCGCAUUACCGGGCUGGUUAAAUCCUUACAGCUCCUGGGCUCCGCUUGUACGCCAUGUACCAACAUCCCCGGCUGUGCUGCUUGUACUUGCACGCGACGUGCCCCACACAUAUACAUAUAUAUAUAUAUAUAUAUAACAUAUAUGUCCGUGGGUGUCUCUGAUACUGCGCGGCUUUUUUCAACCGGAAAAGCUCGUCUUUUUUUUCUGAUCCUCUUUACGUGCCCCUCUUGCAAUCAAGGGAUGCUGACAGAGAAACGUCUUUAAACUAUCGGUUGUUUACCCCACGGCGGAUGGUAAAAAAGCUAUAUCGUGCGCGCGAGGGGUUGCAGAUUUUUUUUCGCCGAUAAAUUUUUCUCGACACGUUUACGGGGACGCCCGACGGCUCGUUAUGUUAUUAGUCGGGGAUCGCGAUAUGGCUCAUACAUACGUAAAGUCGCAUUUGCAUAAUAUUUAUGAAAGUGCAAUAAUUACCGUCGAGCUUUCCGUAGCUCGGUGGCGAGUGCGCGCGUCGCGGUACAAUGACGAAUGAACGUACGCGCACCUAUGCAAAAACCAAGGGGGAAUACC